AUGAAGGAUUCACUCUUCAGCCUUCCUCACGUCUGUGCUCCUAACUUGAACUGCUUGGAAAGACAACCCGAUUGGAUUGUCUUGGCCUUACUUUCAGCCCUACUCUUGGUGGUUUCUGCAAGCGCUUGCUCAGUCGUCAGCCACCAACCGCAGCAGCAGUGGUGAAUGGUGCUCGCACGAGUGCUUCCUCCAAGGUCUAUCAUGCGGCAUUCUCUUUGUUCCUAUUGUUGCAUUUGAGGCAUUUUCCUGUCAGUUCUGUGGGUGACUCAGUCGAUUUUGCAUCCGAGUCUCCCGACCCUUCCCAACAAUUCCAUCAUGGCAAGCGCUGUGAAACGUCCUCUGGGUCGAGUUCGAAAACACGACGCUCCCGCGCCGCUCCAUGAGCGAUGGGGCGAUGUGGGAAUCACAGUUCCUACCGAGGGAUCCUGGAAUCAAUAUGAGGACCACCAUGAUUUGUCGCUCAGAAAGGGGGCUUGCGAUUCAAGCUACGUUCUUUCCAGCUUGCAUCGAGGUCAUCACGAGGAGACCACCCCCUUGACAGAUCAUCCCCAGCACACCGCCAGACCCAGCUCUCUAUCUAUCAAAGCCCUAAACCCACGUCGACUGUCUGUGCGUCUAACUUCACGAUCGAAGCCCUUGCACGAUUAUCCGGAGGAGCAUGUCCAACAGCCCACCACCAAAGCUGAACGCAGACGGUCUCAGUUUGCCUAUAGACCAAUUCAGCAAGACUACCCUGCCGAAAUUGCUGAAAAGACCUCAUACUCCGAGCCUCGUUCGCCACGGUUCACAUACAUUCCCGCCGGGAAUCAAUUUCCAGAAGAGCUGAGAGCACCAUCACCGCAGCCGCAGUACAGCCGCCGUGCAAGCUCCUGCACCCCUUCCGAUGAGGACUUUAAGGAGCGGCGGUCGAGACUUCGAAGCCGUCAAACCCAUCUCGAGGACACAUUCAGCAACCUAUCGAUCGAGAAUGCCCAUCGCCACAAUCGAGAAUCUCGGUCGUUAGCUUCCCUGCGACGAAGCGAGGCGAGCAGUAGCCGGCGCACCAGCGCUUCAGUGGAAAGGAGUCUCAGGUUUUCGACAGAGAAAAGGGUCACUCGACUCGGGAAGUACAUGACUACAGCUAUGGUGCCUAAUCCAGAUCAGCUUUAUGAUUAACGAACGAGGCGCAAUUUACGCCGAUAAUGCCUUGACGGCCUACGGAACCAGUCCAUUCUGAUUCUUGCAUAGCAUUGCUCUUGGCAUAGCGUUGG